GGCGGGGCGCGGCGCAUGGCCGGGGCGGCGGCGGGGGGCAUCGCCACCCUGCCCGACGACGGCGGCGGCGGCGCCUUCCCCCCCGGGCACUUCAAGGACCCCAAGCGGCUCUACUGCAAGAACGGCGGCUUCUUCCUGCGCAUCAACCCCGACGGGAAGGUGGACGGCGUCCGCGAGAAGAGCGACCCGCACAUCAAACUGCAGCUUCAAGCGGAAGAAAGAGGAGUGGUGUCAAUCAAAGGUGUGAUUGCAAAUCGCUUCCUGGCCAUGAAGGAGGAUGGCAGAUUGCUGGCCUUGAAAUAUGCAACAGAAGAAUGUUUCUUCUUUGAGCGUUUGGAAUCUAAUAAUUAUAACACUUACCGAUCACGGAAAUACUCCGACUGGUACGUGGCACUGAAAAGAACUGGACAGUACAAACCUGGACCAAAAACUGGACCUGGACAGAAAGCUAUCCUUUUUCUUCCCAUGUCUGCCAAAAGCUGAUUCCCAUGGCGGAUUCCGAGCACGUUUGCCA